AUGUUUGCCUUGGCUGCUGUAGCAGUUGCGAAACCCACAUUUGGCGGCGGCGGCGGCAUGAAAGAUGAUGACAAACCUAAAAUCAUCUUGUUGCCUGCUCCCCCAGCGCCUGCUCCGGCUCCAGCUCCAGCCCCAGCUCCUGGACCCCCAACUGUCAUCUUGUUACAACCCCCAAUGCCUGCUGCUCCCGCUGGUCCACCACCACCAAUUAUCGUUAAAUUGAUCGAAGCUGGCGGUCAAGGAGGACAAGGCGGCGGCCAUGGAGGAGCUCCACAACCAAUUAUUGUUAAUGUACAAGACAGCGGAGCAGGAGCUGGCGCCUCAUCAGGCGCUGGCGGAUAUGGCGGAGGCGCAGGCGGUGGUCCAGCCCCAAUCAUCGUUAAAGUUCAAGAAGGAGGCGCCGGAGGACACGGAGGCGGUCAUGGAGGUCAACAAGGCCCAGCUCCAAUCAUCGUUAAAUUGCAAGAAGGAGGCGCCGGAGGACACGGAGGCGGUCAUGGAGGUCAACAAGGCCCAGCUCCAAUCAUUGUUAAGAUCCAAGAAGAUGGCGGCGCCGGAGGACACGGAGGCGGUCAUGGAGGUCAACAAGGCCCAGCUCCAAUCAUCGUUAAAUUGCAAGAAGGAGGUGCCGGAGGACACGGAGGCGGCCAUGGCGGUGCUCCUGCAAGUCAAACUCAAACUGUUCAUGUUGAAGUUGUUCAAGAAGCAGCUCCUGCUCAACAACAUCAAUCUGCUCCCUAUCCUUCGGCUCAACAACCUAUUAUUCCAAUUCCAAUUCCUGCUCAAGCUGCUCCAUCUCAAUCUUAUGGAGCUCCUGCUCAAGCUGCUCCAUCUCAAUCCUAUGGAGCUCCUGCUCAACAACAAAUUAUUCCAAUCCCAAUCCCUGCUCAACCCUCACAAUCUUAUGGAGCUCCUGUUCAAGCUCAAGCUCCUUCAUAUCAACAACAACAAUCAAUUAUCCCUGUGCCAAUUUCUUCUGCUCCUGAACAACAAAGUUUUGCCCAAGAAACAAUUUCUCAACAAGCCCCUGUUCAACAAACCGCUCAAGCUCCUGCAGUUCAAACUACUCAAACUGUUCAAUCAGCUCCUGCUUCGACAACUUCAACCUCUACAGGAGGCUCGAAACCCUCGUUUAACUUUGGAAGAAUCAUUGGCGGCAUAACAAACUUUGUCCUUGACACGAAAGAAACGAAAUUGAACAUUAUCAGAAACUUAGUUUCGAACUUCAGUAAAGGUCAGGCAUCUUCAACUGGAUCUACUCAAGGUUCCGUGACUCAAACGCAACAAGCUGUUCAAACAGUUGCUCAAGCUCCUCAAACUUCUCAAGUCUCUCAAUCGGUUCAAACCGUACAAACCGCUCAAGCCGCUCCAGCUGCAGCUGCAGCUCAAGCCGCUUCUUCAUCUUAUCAAGCUCCUUCUCAAGCUUUUCACGCAGCUUCUCCCGUAUACCAUGCCCCUGCUCCUGCUCCCGUCUAUGGACCUCCAGCUUCUCAUGGAAGUCAUAGCGCUGCAGCUUCCGCUGGCCCAGCUCCCAUCAUUGUCAAGCUCCAAGAAGGAGGAAACCAAGGAGGAUCCGGAGGCUGGUAA